UCAGAAAGGAGGGAGUAAAUAAAAAAAGAAAAGAAAAGAAAAAUAGAAGGCUAGUGAGCAGGAGAUGGAGACGACAAGGCUGCUGUAUUUGUUAGAGGAGAGUAAGGCAUACGUAUUCCUAACUUUGAAUGAAUUAUGCCUUGCAAUUUUCAUGAUUCUGGUGCAAUCACUUACCUCCGUUGGCGUCAGUGCUCUCAUCAUCCAAGUCUACGGGCAUGCCAUCUCUACCAUUGUCUUGGCUCUUCUCGCUUUCUUCAUCGAUAAGAACGCGAGGCCUCCUCUCACCUUCAAGAUAUUAUGCUAUGCAUUCCUUAUGGGAUUAUUGCAGAUUACUCUUUGCCAGAUACUAUUGGCAGUGUCCCUGCAAUAUUUAUCGUCGACCUAUCAAAGCGUUGGAUUGAACUUGGUCCCCUCAAUUGUAUUUACACUGGCUCUCAUCUUCCGUCAAGAAAAGCUCAAAUGUUGGAGCAUCAACGGGCAGGCCAAGAUAUGGGGUCUAGCCCUGUCGGCUGCCGGAGCUCUGACUUUAGUAUUGUGGAAUGGGCCGGUUGUGCUGACCUCCAUGUUAUUCAACGUUCAAGUGAUCAGCGAUGGCAUCAUUGGCGGCACACUGAUAGUGGUUGGAGUGCUUUCAACAAGCUUUUGGAACAUUGUAGUGGGACAUGUCACUCGGUUAUACCCAGCAGAACUAUCCUUAACCGCCAUGAUGAGCUUAUUCGGUACGAUCCAAUCUGCCAUUGUCGCUGCAUUUGUUUCAUCAAGUUCAUCUUGGAAGCUAAAAUGGGAAGGAGGACUUGUCUUGAUUACCAUACUACUAGGAGGAGUUGUGGUGACAGGAUUAUCGUAUUAUGUAAUGACAUGGUCCAUUAAGAAGAGGGGACCUGUAUUCACAACGGCUUUUAACCCACUUCUGGUCGUUUUAUCGUUUCUUCUGCAGACAUUUGUCUUGCGAAAUUCUGCACAUUUGGGCAGCAUUGUGGGAGCAGUAUUGGUUAUACUGGGGCUUUACCUACUUCUAUGGGCAAAAGCCAAUGACAUGGAGAAGAAAGAAAUUGUGGACGAUGAAUCUUUGUACUCUCCCUUAGUUCAACCUUGAAAGGCAGAGGCUGAGUUCAACAAAAGAUAUAGCUCUUGAGAUGCAAGAUGUUAAAAACUGCUAUUGUUUGGCUCCGAACAAGCUAGCUUUUGAAUUUGUUAUAAUGUUUGUGUUAAGUAUUAUUUCAAUGAGUGACAAUAGUACAAAUAUUAUGUUCGGAAGUGGAUUUUAAAAUCAUUAACAUAUUUCUGUUUUGUUCA